GGUGAUUUAAAGGUAUGACAGGUAAAUUGUGAACCAGUUACACUAGACGUGGGCAAGUGAGAAGUCGUUAAAGAUCUUGAAACCAAACAAAGAUGGCCAAAAACACGGCACUUUUAACCCUUCUUACGGUGGUCCUUGCAGUUUCUGGAACUCCCUUAGAGAGCUGCCCAAGAUCAUGCUCCCCGGUAUAUGCCCCUGUGUGUGGGACCAACGGGGUAACUUACUCGACCUCAUGCCACAUUGAUAUUGACAGACUCUGCAACGGUGUUAACGUUUACAAGGAGCAUGAUGGACGUUGUGGUUGCAAGCCCGUCGCCUGCCCUGAGAUCUAUGCUCCCGUGUGUGGCAGUGAUGGCAAGGAUUAUGACAACGACUGCUAUUUCCAGAUUGCUGCUUGCAAUAAUCCAGAUAUUACCAAGGUUCGAGACGGUAAAUGCGACUGCACUCCUCUCAUCCGCUGUCCCGAGGACUACAGGCCCGUGUGUGGCAGCAACAAAGCGACCUACAGCAACAACUGCUUCUUCCAGAUAGCGCAGUGCAGGAACCCCGCGCUCGUCAAAGUCUCUGAUACUAGCUGUGUGUAAGGCCCUCAGGCCUCCCUUCUCUGCCUUUCCUCACCCCUUUUUUUCCACCUCCCAUUCCUUACCCUUCCCCUCUUCCUUUCUCUCUCCUAGCCUCUGUGUCUCUUCCUUUCUCUCUCCUAGCCUCUGUGCCUCUUCCU